AUGAGGAGGGAAGUUGGUCGCAGGAGACAAGGAAUUGCGUACAAGUUUGUGGGUUAGCAGGCGGAAUUGUCACUGACCUGGACGUUGAGGAAGCGUUGGCCUGUCUUAUAAAGGACACCAGGACAUCUUGAUCCUCUACUUAACUCCUGGGAUACCUGACAUUUUGGGAACCCCUUCUUCCAGGCUUCGCCCUGGAGGCCAAAAGCCUGACUGAGGGCUCUGCAGAGGGGGACUGCUCCCCUCCUCCUGCACCCCCUCUUGUGUCACCUGUGCUCACUGUGGAGGAGUCCGGGUUCACUACUGUGGAGCUGUGCCAAGAUGGAGGUGUCAUCUGCCAGACUGCAACUGAGGGGUAAGAAGCUGCAGGAGUUUGUGUGUUGAUAUGUGUUUCAGGCCAAAAUACUGUUUACUGAAGAAACAACUGUGAACUUCUUUUAGGCCCACCACCACAUCACUGCCUUCAACAAGGCUAUACUAAACUGAAACCUACAGUUCAGUCUAUGUGCAUAUGAUAAAAGAAUGCAAAACUUUCUUGCUUAUGAAACUUUCAGAUCUUUAUUUGAAUUUAUUUUCUUCUAUUUUUUUAUUGCUGGCCAAAUAUGUCCAAACUAUUUGAUUUUAAUAUAUUUCAAUACAUUUACUGCAUAAAUCGUCUCUCAUUUACACUCUUGUUGGAUAUCCAAGGAAGUAUACCCAGUUUAAUUUAUUAAGGAUUUUCUAUCGUGAGCCAACGAGAUAAUGUUUGCUAACUGAAAGUAAUUUAAACUGUUAAAUCCCCAUCAGAGCAAUUAAUGGUACCAGGGCUACAUCCAUAGAAUUCAACAGAAAAAGAGACUUGUGCAGUUGAGGUUAUGCUGCUUAUCUUACCAUUGUUAUCUAAGUAGGUAGAAAUUUGACCACAGAAAUAAAUGAAAAGAUUAUAAGUUUCCAGGAUUGGCAGAUAAGUAAGAAUGAAAUUUUUUACAUGAUGGAAACAGGAACUAGUUCAUACCCUCUCACUUUGUGAUAAACAUCAGCUAGACUUGGUAAAAUUGAGUUAUCUCUUUCAAACGAUUUCCUUUCAGCAUAUAAGUGUGAACCCUGUUGGCAAGAACAGCAUUUUUUAUCUUGUACAUCAUCCUUCCUGCUGAAGCAGACCACAAACACUUUCCUAGAUUGAAAAUAGAAAGUGUUUUAAUGAAUAUUUCUCGAUUCAUUUAGGAUUGCAUUGCUCCAAAAUUUGCAAUAAUAAAUAAACAGCAACUAUCACAAUAGCUUCAUAUUCAUUACCCUCGAUGCAGUCAUUGUUGGGUCAACAGUGAGCUGUAUUAUUUUGCUGAAACAUGGAGGUGUUUAGUGAGAGAGUGUAUAUGAAAAGGAUUACAUGGGGGUUAAGCUUCUUCAUCAUAAUAGCUGCCGAAAGUUUCCAUCCCAGGUGGCACACAAACAGCUUAGCGUGACACAGUUGUCGGCAUUAUAUUAUCAGAAAUUGAAUUGUAGGGCUGCGCACAUUCACAAGUGGGUCAAAAAUGAUAGCAUCCUCUCAAAGCUGAUCCUGUUUAGAUGAGAACAGGGUGUCCCGGUUUUAGCAGGUUGCGCAAACUAGCUUAGUGUUUCUUCAUUUGUCAAAAUAUUUGAUAAAUACAAUGAACUCAAGCAUGGUGACAAAAACAUCAAACCCGCUGAGGCAUUUUUCUUUGAGUAAAAACUUACAGGCCGUCAGCAUCAACAUCUAAAAGCACACUGCUAUUAAGGUCCAUCCUGUUUUUCCCUGCAGCGUCGAUGCCACUGCACUUUUGAAUGUCCUGGUUCUCUUAAAAAACUCCAAUGCUGCUCAGCUAAAAAAGAGAAAUCAAAAGUAGUAUGUACUUUUCAUGAAAUAAUGCUAAAUAAUCACAUAUGUAUCCUGAGAAUGAGCCAAAUUUAAGAGCUAAACGUGGAGGCAGCUGCAUAGGAAAAACUGUUAAAACAUGAGGUUAUCUGAAUAAUACAUGAAAAAGUCAAGAUUUUUAAAUACAUUUCAUUGCAUUUAAUGAGUCCCAAAACAAAACACUGGUUAAAUAUUGCUUUACAUUGUUAAUUUGGGCUACUUUCACAGAAUAGUACCCAAAUGAAAAAGUAAAUUAUUGCCUGGUUACUUUUCUUGAUACUGAAUCUUAGAAUCUGAAAAUGCAAACUUUUGACUUUAGGGUCCUGGGUGGAACUUUUGGAAAAACACUUCUUCUUCUACUGUUGUGUAGACCACCCAGAUGGUAAAAACAGCCACACAUCCUUAUGCAGAUAUUUGUGGGUUUUUUUACCCCGUUGACGAGCGCCUCUAUAUGCAGGCGUGUGGUGCUCUUAGGUAGUGUUUCAUUGCACACUUAUGCCGCAAACUACCGGUCUUGCAUACAUACUUAAGUAUUUUCAGUUGUUUUAUGUGGAUCAGUGUCCCCUUUAACAGCGUUGUCAUAUGAACAUGGGUACUUCAACACGUGAGGAAAGACUUUUCUUAACAGGGCCGAUUUCAUGUAAACAAGACCUUAGCUAUAUCCCUGUCCUCAAGGGCCUGACCCCUGACCUCACUGAUAACUUCCAGCGGCCACACUGCACUAGCAUAUUUGGUUUGACUCACUUGUUUGUUUCUCAGUAUUUUCUACAAAGCCACAUAUUUAAAUGUAGAUGACUUUGGAAAUGUUACACAGAACUGCACUAGUAAAAAGAAUAACCUGAAAGGGGCUUUGUGUUUGCCGCUAAUGAAGACUGAAAGUCUGCAGCAAAGCUAGCAGCCCUUGAGCACUGCAGUAAUUUCAGGUAAAGGGUAACAUAUCAGACAUCAUAAUAUCAACAUGCGGAUGUUUGGAAAAGUUUCCACUGUUAAGCAUCUCAAGCUAGUGAGUUAACAUGCUAACAGUGCUAAUUAGCACUAAUGCUAAGUAGCCCAUCACCAAGUCUUAAAGGAUUUGUGGGUAUUUGUUUAUAAACAAAAGUAGGUCAUGUCUAGGUCAAUGGAUGACAUUGUGUCUUGGUGAGAUAGAACUUAGGCAUCAGCUUGUUCACUAUUAAAAUCAUGCAGUACACGAAAAUCUUUAAACUGAGGACACAAGCAGUGAGCUAGCAAGACUGAAUAGACAUCUCAGUUACUACAGCACUAGCUCUAAGAGGGAUUUCAAGGGCAGCACUGGGCUCAGUGUGCUAAUGAGAAGAACAGUCACAACAACCAUUUGAUUUGAAGUAUUCUUUUUUUAUUCCUCAGUUAUCAACAUCAUUACUCGAUAUUAUCUGUAGUGCUCAUAUGUGUCAUCUGCAAAAAUACCGCAGAAUAAGGUUUGUUUUUGACUCUGUCCUGCUCAACAUCUUCCUACGUAACCAAAAUAUCUAAGUGCAUUUCCAGGAAGAGACUGGCAAUUUUAAAAAUAGUGCUAUUUUAAUAUUUUCUAUCUUAGUCUGACAGAGCAUGUGGCUGCUGCCACUCUUAGCAAAUUCCCCAAAUUACCCAACACAAGGUUUGAGACACACACACAAUAAAAAGUAAAGGUUGAAGUCGUUUCUCACUGAAAGAUCCAUUAAAGGGUGGGCAAGAUUCAGCCUAACAGACAGUGUCAUGAGACUCGGCCUCAGAAUGACAACAAACCAUGAUUUAAAGUCCCUGAGAAAGCACAGACUCAAAGACACAGUGACUAAAAGAGAGAGAGGGAGCAGGAGAGAGGGAUAAAGAGAGGAUUCGGACAGAUCCUCAGUCCUUCUUAAUCCUCUGUCGGCUUUUCUGGAGACCUUAAACAGAUUGACGUCAGUUAUGGACACAGGCCCAUGCAUUCAGCUGGAACAAGGCCCCACUUUACAGACUCUGUGGGCUCAACAUCCAGUCCACAGUCAAAGAAGUUUCAUCCAGGGCUGCUGUCAUCUAUUUUUGAGUUUAUGUUUUUGUGUUACUUUUUUAGAAGGCCUUUACAAUGACGUUUUACAUAAAACUGAAAACUUGAUUAGCAUAAAAAAAUAAAUAGGUUUAAACUUAUCUCACAUGUAAAGACAACAAUGGUGCGCCAUUUUCAACUCCUUUGUUUUCAUAAGCAAUACUUCAAGUUCAUAACUUCCUCAACUCAUCACUGUCUUUUUUAAAAUAGUUUCAAGUUUAAGUUAUUUCAGGUCCUUUAUGUUGGUAUACAACUCAAAAUCUAUGUCAGACCUUGUUCUUUUUCUGUCUGUAUGAUCUGUUCUAAUAUUUUCUUGUAAUUCAGUCCCACUGUAAAUUGGUUUGACAGUAAAUUUUUGCACCUUUAUCACAAAAAAGAGGCUCUUCUUGGGCUGCUGAUUGUCAUGUUAUCGUAGAGUUUUUUGGGGGGCAGUAGAAAAGUUAGACUUGUAAGAGUCUUUGUAGUACGUGAGCAGUCAGGACACUUUAUUUCCUUCAUUACUAUAUUAUGUGUACAGAUUGUUGGCUUUUUUAUUCAUGUCCUACGGCCGAAGAUCUUAACUGCUUUAUCAUUUUUGGCGGACCUGUACUUUUUGAGUUGCCUUUGGACACAUAGCACAGUAUUUUAUGGUAUUUUUAUGGUGUGUUAAUGAAAAUUUAGAACAGGCUUUAACAGAAAUUUAAGAAAGGUCACAAAAUUAUUAGAAAGAUAAAUCAAAUUUCUGCGAAUGCAGGGGAAAGUCUAAUUUUCAUGUAAUCAGCUACAGUUCUAGGAAACUUGAUGUUCAAAGAUCCCCAGGAGUCCUACAUUAUGAGGCUUUUUAGUGUGUCUACAAAUAAAAAAAGGACCUAAUUAAGUGUUUGUUUACUUUCCAGAGAGAUGGAGAUGAGUGGUCAGGAUCCAAACUGUGAAGACUUGCAAAGAAAGGACCAAAGAUUGCCAUUUCAGGUUUGUGCCACUAACCACCAUCCUGUGACUAGAUUUGAUUUAAAAACAAAAAAAUGUUGCUGCCUUGUGGUGGCCGUUACAACCAAACAUCCUUCCAGUUUCACUCUUCUUUUCAAUUCUCAGCUACCACCCAUGUCCCUUCAGAUCUUCCCGGACCCUGUGGAGGUUGUUCUAGGCCCA